AUGGACGCCAACAAUAAUAAACCUAAAAGCUCUAAUCUUUUCAAUGGAGAUUGCAAACGAACAAGAAUAUCUCAUGUCACUAUUAUGGACCUUCCGACGGUGAUUAUGGUCGAAAUACUUUCAAGAUUGCCAAUCAAACCGAUUUUUAAAUGUAAGACUGUUUGUAAACUUUGGUAUCAUCUUUUAACUUCCGAAGUUCUUUCUUUUAAAACUAACUUUCCAUGCAUGUUGCUCUCGGAUGAGUAUUACUCUACCACUUGGCUUCUAGAACUCAAAGCAGAUUAUGAUUAUUAUUCACUCCCCGACAACAGACCCAUUAGGUUGAGCUCCAAGUUUCACCUCCCUCGAUUGAAAGCGCCAAUUCAUAUAAUUGAUUCAUGUAAUGGUUUUAUUUGUUUGUUGACUGGUUCGGCUAAUAAUAAAAACCAUUCUAUUUACAUUAACAAUCCUCUUUUGGGCGAGUAUUUCAAACUUAAACUGCCUGAAUGGAAGAAAGGUACUUGCCGUACUGAUUACAAAUUUUGCUUUAGUGAAGCAUCUGGAAAGUAUAAAGUAUUGAGAUUAGUAUUUAGUAUUGCGAGUAUGCCUAAAGUAUCUGAAUUGGAGGUUUAUACUCUUGGAGUUGAUGAGAAAUGGAGAAAUUUGGGUCAAGUUAAUCUGGGUCUAAAACCUGUGUGGGAAUCAUUUGGUAAUAUUAAUGUCAAUGGUGCGAUUCAUUGGCUUGGAAAUUCACCCGGAACUACCAGCAUUCACUCAUUUAAUGUUGGGACAGAAGAGGUGAAAUCCCUGCCAGUUCCACGUGAUGUAGGAACGGAUCCCCUCCACUGGAUGCUAACAGAGUUGGGGAAUUGUCUGUAUUUGGCUGAUACCGGCUAUAAUGGGUAUGUUGAUAUAUGGUGGAUGAAAGAGUAUGGAAUAGCUCAAUCUUGGACCAAAGAUCGCAUUUUGACAGAUUCUAUUCCAUUUAAUAUCCAUUAUAGUAAUCUUAGACCAAUCAUAAUUUGGAAAGAUGGAGAAAUCUUGAUGCAAAGAUGUUGUGGCACAGAACUAGCUUCUUACAACCCAAAAGAGAAGAAGUUUAGGAAGGUCAAUGUUUAUGGUAGUGGCAAUGCAGCGACUAGAUACAUCCCAAGUUUUUACUCACUCAAGACUGUCAUGGGGAAAACUUUUCAAGUCUCAAAUCUCUAUCCGAAGACUAAGAUAGUUUAA